UAACUAGUAUUUUUUUUUUUCAUUAAAUUGUUUGUCAGUUAAUGCUGUUUAGUGUUGAAAGCUCUUUAAAAACUAUCGAGCCAAAACUUGGUAAUAAUCAAAUUGUAAUUUUAUCAACUAUGAGUGAGUUCACAGCAAAACGUAAAUUAAAAUCAGAUAACAUUUUUUCUAAAAAAUAUAAGGGUACAAGUGAAAUUUCAACACUUUCUUCUAACGAAAAUGAUAAUAAUAAGAUAUACAAUCAGCAUCAAGGUCAUUCAGACGCAAAAAAUAUGAUAAUUGAUCUUGUUAAUGAUGAUUGUCUGGCUCAAAUAUUCAUGUAUGUGCCAGUAUGUGAAAGACCAAAAAUUGCAUUGGUAUGUCAAAACUGGAAAAGAGCCCUCGAUUAUUCUUGGGGUAAUGUCAAAAAACUUGAACUAACUCAUUGGGAAUAUGAUGAGAAUCCAACUUGUUUGAAGAAAUAUCCAACACCCGAUGGAGAAUUAAGCUUUUUAAAAUCACUGCUUUAUAAAUGUGGUCGUUUUUUAACACUUAUAGACUUGUCAGCUUAUGGUUAUAGUGACAUAGUGCCAGUUAUUAAUGAAUAUUGUCCAAACCUCGUGAAACUUCGAUUGAGAUUUAUCUAUGAUGACAAUCAACUAUUAAAACAUAAUGCAUUUUUACGUCUAUCUAAACUCAAAGUAUUAACAGUUAUAUUUCACCCUAUGAAAGAUUACUCUAAUCUUUUUCAGUUAAUCAUUGCAUUGGAAUUCCUUGCUGAUACAUUGACUGAUCUGAUUAUACACAAUUGGAAAGAUGACAAAAUCAGUAUCAAUGAAAAAAUUCAGGAUCUUCCAGAUGACACUAUUUCUGUGAUUCGUCGACUAAAGGCUCUGAAAUAA